CCACUACACGCUACGCUAACUACAAUGAUCAAGGCACAGAGAAACGAAUGUACAUUCUACAACUGCGUCCAGGGACUGCUGGACAGGAAAGCGGCGAUCCAGCCACAGGAGCGUCGCAUUGAUCAGGGUCUCCCGGUCAGGGAUGGGGACGGACCUGUGCCAUUGACCAAGUCAGAAAAAAACCACUUGAUUCGGUUGCACUCAGCGGUGCCAGUUCAAGUGAAAAACAUCCUUUUAAAUGUGUUCGUCCAAUUUGAAAGGCACAAGGAUAGAAGCAUGGAUUUCAUCUGCGUCUGCAGAAAGCCAUUCCUGACAAGAGAUAGCCUGAGCAAGCAUUACAAGUGGGUCUGCGCCAUUCCAACAUCCCGAUUAACAUUCCAGGGCUUCAACUUAUUGACAGCGCUCAAGUUCUACCUGAUGAUUUGGAGAUCGUCAAUGCCCCAGGUUGAUGAGGAGAACCACAAAGGCGAUGAGGCGUUUAGCGGCAGCAAUGCACUCAUAUUCAACAAUAACGUCAUUUCGGCUACUUCAAUGACAUUUGAUUCAGGAAGAGUGAUUGAUGCAACUAUCCGAGAGUUCAUGCGGGGCUCGGACAUUGCAAAUACUCAACAGCAACAUGUACAGCGCAUGCAAAUCAUGGCGUUUUAAGAGGGACAGCGCACGCUAAUCACCGCCAUGGAGUAACGGGCCCCAAGCUCUAUCGCCCAGAUUGCAGCAGGUCAAGGGCAGGGGCAAGCUAUGCAAGCUGCUUCUGCUUCUGCU